CAGGUUACUGUCUUAGUAGGGCUUAAUUCUCUUAACUUUUACCAUUCAUUCUCUAUGUGACAGACGUCGCAUCAUAGACAGAGAAGUGCACGGAGUUUUUGUCGACAUACGGUGUUUUUUCAACUGUUCUGUCGUCUUACAAGCUGUCAACUUAUCAAACGAGAUAAUGAAGAAGACAACCAACUUCUUUCCCGGAAAGACUAUGGUGUCUUUCAGGAAGGGUCCAUCAGGUCAUCUGCGGCAGGAUCCCUCUGACGAGGCCAUGCGGAUCAAAAAGAACCCUUCUCUUCAGGACAAGUCUCCCCCUCAGAGACAUGACCUUGUGAAGACCAAUGCUCUCACUGUGGUCUUUGAGCGGGGAGGGGAUGUGUCUGACUGACUGGUGAUGGGGGAGUAUGUGCUGCAGUUUGGCAAGUACAAGGGUAAAUUGUUUAGGUGGCUCCUGGAAAACGAUGUUGGCUACACCAUCUACCUGAUGAAAAAGGUAGAGGAGGAGGAGAGAGAUGGGACCCUCAAUCCUCAGGGACACAACAAGGACAGCCUGCUGUCAUUUCUGGACUAUGCCAGGAGCUUCCAGGAAAUUAGGGACCUCAGAGAGUAUCUAGCUUCCAGGCUGCCUGCGCCACCAGUGGCAUCAGAGGGUGACAAUACUGUCGGCUUUGGAGCCAGGGCAAAGGACACCUGGAGGCAGAUCUGGGAGAGCAGGGCAGAUGGAUAUGCUGCCUUCAUCGUAGGAGUAAAGUGCAUCAAAAAUAGCAAGAUCUACAACCUGCAGCAGUACAUCGUCAAGCAGCAGAGGGCUGAGUCUGGGGAGUCCUGCCCACCACCUGCAGGAGUCUCCACUACAUCAGCUGCCCCUACACCGCCUACAUCUAGCAUUCUAGGAUUAGCAGCAGUCUCCAGAGCCCCGGCUGUGUCUCCACCAACAGGAAUUGACAGGUCAGCGAUGAUGUACACAGGACGGAGCCAACAGCGACGGUUUCCAGACCUGCAGAGCCUGAUGACACCUCUGGGAUUGUUGCUUCUGUGAAAGCCACGACAAAGGCCCCGCUCCCGGUCCCUCCUCAGCUGCUCGCCCUCGCCCCACAGCUUGGGGUAGAAGAACAGGCGCCUAAUGUGUUGAGACAAAAGUUACCAUCAGUGGAAGCACAGAGAGACACUGUCCCUGAUGAAGCUCUGCCAAGUCCAGCACCGUCUGUCCCUUUAGAUGUCCCACACCAGCCUGCAGCCUCUGUCCCUGGCUAUGCUCAGGAUGUAGCACAGUGGAACUGCUCCCACCAGCAGAAAAUUUGGAUGAAGACUGAGCUGGAGGCGUUGGGGCUGUGGCCGGGGUCACGUCCUGUUCGUCAUCCUAUGAACAUGCUGUCCUUGUGGCGUAAUCCACCUCAGCCUGAGCUCAUAGACUCAAUCUCUGAGCUGCCA